AUGAAUAAAUGAUUAUUUUCCACAAAUCAUAAGGAUAUUGGCACACUCUACUUUAUUUUUGGGGCCUGAUCAGGAAUAGUAGGAACAGCCCUUAGACUACUAAUUCGAGCAGAAUUAGGAAAUCCAGGAGCAUUAAUUGGCAAUGACCAAAUCUAUAAUGUUAUUGUUACUGCUCAUGCUUUUAUUAUAAUUUUCUUCAUGGUUAUACCUAUUAUAAUAGGGGGAUUUGGAAACUGAUUGGUUCCUUUAAUGUUAGGGGCACCUGAUAUAGCUUUCCCCCGAAUAAAUAAUAUAAGAUUCUGGCUACUCCCUCCCUCUUUAACAUUACUUUUAAUAAGAAGAAUAGUCGAAAGAGGAGCAGGGACUGGUUGGACAGUAUAUCCACCAUUAGCGGCUAAUAUUGCCCAUAGAGGGGGCUCUGUUGACUUAGCAAUUUUUAGACUUCAUUUAGCUGGAAUCUCCUCAAUUCUAGGGGCAAUUAAUUUUAUUACAACAGUAAUUAAUAUGCGAGCAAUAGGAAUAACCUUAGACCAAACACCUCUACUAGUCUGAUCUAUUGCUAUUACAGCCCUUCUUCUUCUUUUAUCCUUACCUGUUCUUGCGGGAGCAAUUACCAUACUUUUAACAGAUCGAAACUUAAAUACAUCAUUCUUUGACCCGGCUGGAGGAGGAGACCCUAUUCUUUAUCAACAUCUCUUUUGAUUUUUUGGUCACCCCGAAGUGUAUAUUUUAAUUCUCCCUGGAUUUGGUAUAAUUUCUCAUAUUAUUAGCCAAGAAAGAGGGAAAAAGGAAACCUUUGGAUCUUUGGGUAUAAUCUAUGCAAUACUAGCAAUUGGUUUAUUAGGAUUUAUUGUAUGGGCCCAUCAUAUGUUUACAGUAGGUAUAGAUGUAGACACCCGGGCCUACUUUACUUCGGCCACUAUAAUUAUUGCUGUACCUACAGGUAUUAAAAUUUUUAGUUGAUUAGCCACUCUCCAUGGAACUCAAGUAAAUUUUUCACCGUCAAUAUUAUGGGCCCUAGGGUUCAUUUUCUUAUUUACUAUGGGAGGUUUAACCGGGGUAGUAUUAGCAAACUCUUCUAUUGAUAUUAUUCUCCAUGACACAUAUUAUGUAGUAGCCCAUUUCCAUUAUGUCUUAUCAAUAGGAGCCGUAUUCGCAAUUAUAGGAGGAUUUAUCCAAUGAUACCCACUGUUCACUGGACUAACACUUAACGAUAAAUUAUUAAAAAUUCAAUUUGCUAUUAUAUUCCUGGGAGUAAAUAUAACAUUUUUCCCGCAACACUUCUUAGGCUUGAGAGGAAUACCACGACGAUAUUCCGACUACCCAGAUGCCUACCUUAGAUGAAAUAUUAUUUCCUCAAUUGGCUCAUUAAUUUCAUUUAUUGGAACAAUAUUUUUAAUUUUUAUUAUUUGAGAGAGAAUAAUCUCAAUACGUAAAUCUUUAUCUCCACUAAAUUUACCAACAUCAGUUGAAUGGUUACAAUCUACCCCUCCCGCCGAGCAUAGAUAUUCUGAAUUACUAAUUAUUUAUAAUU